UUUCCUGAAACCGGAUCCUCGCCGUUGACAGAGCAGCCUCUGUCAUCGGUGCCUCUAGCCAUGGACCUGCGAGCAGAGCUUUUAAAAUCCAUCUGGUACGCCUUCACCGCCCUGGACGUGGAGAAGAGUGGCAAAGUGUCCAAGUCGCAGCUGAAAGUGCUCAGUCACAACCUGUACACGGUACUUCACAUCCCACACGACCCGGUGGCACUGGAGGAGCAUUUCCGGGAUGACGACGACGGGCCGGUCUCGAGCCAGGGCUACAUGCCGUACCUCAACAAAUACAUCCUGGACAAGGUGGAGGAAGGUGCUUUUGUCAAGGAGAAUUUCGAUGAACUCUGCUGGACUUUGACGGCGAAGAAGAAUUACAAGCCAGACCGAAAUGGGAACAGCGUUGUGUCCCAUCAAGAUGCCUUCAAGCUCUGGUGUCUCUUUAAUUUCCUCUCUGAAGACAAAUACCCUCUGGUCAUGGUCCCGGAUGAGGUGGAGUAUCUGCUGAAGAAGAUCUGCACUGCCAUGAACGUGGAGCUGAACAGCUGUGAGCUGGACGACUACCUCUCCCAGGAGCCCCAGCAGCAGGGUGGCCUGACGGUCUGGCAGUUCCUGGACCUGGUGAACUCAGGGCGUUUCCUGCGGGGGAUCGAGCAGGAGGCUGUGAGCAUGGCCAUCGAAGAGGUGUAUCAGGAGGUCAUUGAGGACGUGCUCAAGCAGGGUUACCUCUGGAAGAAGGGCCAGCUGAGGAGGAACUGGUCCGAGCGGUGGUUCACACUGAAGCCAAGCAGCCUUUCUUACUACAUGAGUGAGGAGCGGAAGGAGAAGAAGGGGAGCAUCGCCCUUGACAAGCAUUGCUGCGUGGAGGUCCUGCCUGACCGGGAUGGGAAGCGGUGCAUGUUCUGUGUGAAAACCUCUUCCCGGACGUAUGAAAUGAGUGCCUCGGACACCAGGCAGCGGCAGGAGUGGACACUGGCCAUCCAGACGGCGAUCCGGCUGCAAGCCGAGGGUAAGAAGUCCCUGCACAAGGACCUGAAGCAGAAGCGUCGGGAGCAGCGGGAACAACGGGAGAAGCGGAAGGCCGCCAAGGAGGAAGAGAUGCAGCGCCUCAAGCAGCUGCAGGAGGAGAAGGAGAGGAAGCUGCAGGAGCUGGAGCUGCUGAAGGAGGCGCAGAGGCAAGCGGAGCUGCUGCUGCAGGAAGAGGAGCAGCGGCGCAGGCUGCAGCACGAGGAGAUGCAGAGGACCUUGGAGAUCCAGCUGCAGGAGGCCGAGCAGGCUCGGGCCUCCAUGCAGGCUGAGAUGGUCCUGAAGGAGGCCGAGGCUGAGCGUCAGCGCAAGCGGAUCGUGGAGCUGGAGGAGAUGCAGAAGCGGCUGCAGGAGGCGCUGCAGCAGGAGGUGAAAGCACGCCAGGACGAGGAAUCUGUGAGAUACGCCCAGGCCAGAUUGCUGUCUGAGGAAGAGGAGAAACUGAAGGAGCUGAUGAAGCUGAAGGAGGAGCAGGAGGAGUAUAUCAUCAAGACCCAGCGGGAAAAGCUGGUCCUCAAGCAGGAGAUGGAAAACAAAAAUAAAUACUUGGAAGAAGCCCAGAAGCAGCUGGAAGAAGUGAGAGUGAACAGGCAGCGGGUGGACCAGGAUGUCAUGGUGGCCCAGAGGAAGCUGCGACAGGCCAGCACCAAUGUCAAGCACUGGAAUGUGCAAAUGAACCGACUGAUGCACCCCAUUGGGCCAGGAGAGAAGCGUUCAACGCUGAGCGGAGGGUUCCCUGGGUUCCAGCCCACGCUCCUCGCCAGGAGGGACUCGUCACUUAAGCUCAAGCAGAAACCAGAAGAUAAAAUCUGCGAUCCCGUGCCGGAAGAGAGCAAGGAAACCGUGAACAAUGGGGAAGCCAGGAGGCUCUCGCUGUCUCCUGACGCAGACACCAUGGCCACAGAACCCUCCGAAUAGCCACGGCAGCAUGGCACAGCCUGGAGCCGAACUGCGGGGCCUGGUAAAAUCAGACUAGAAGAGCAGUCAAUACGGGGAUCUGUGUGUGGAGACAAGUGCAGUGCAUAGACACAUAUACUAGAGACACCACUGAUGCUAUAGGAGGGAUGUGUAACACAUCUAGGGCCGACACGCUUCCACUCUGUUCAUCCCUUCUCUGCAGAGGCAACUUGCAAGGAGACCUAGAGCCACUCCUGACUCGUGAAGACAUUGGCAGGUCCCAGCCUCUGUGCUGCAUAGGUGCAGCCCCUGGACGGUACAACUCCCAGCAUGUUCUGCUCCAUCUUGACCUGAGCAGCCUGCAGCCCCCUCCCAAUAAAAGCUGAGGGUAGCUGUGCAUCCUAUUAUAGGAUUCUGCAGUCUGUGUUUGGCCCGUGGACCUUGCUCUGGCCACCCCUGAUGUCAGGAUUUCCCAUUUGUUUCUAAUGGCAACUUCUGCUGUCCAAUUUGCUGAGCUACAAAGUGCAUGGUUCUCUUAAGGGUGCCUGCCAAAGGACCCUGAAAAAUGGAGCUGUGCCCUUUUUCGCUUCUUUGAAAAGAUACUCAAAAGCCUUAUCUUCCCUAACUGUUCAGAAGGACCUCAUUAGUGCGGGCACUGGAUGUUUUCACACCUUCGUAGAAGGGGCGGGGGCUCUUUAACAAGCAUGUGCUUUCUCUAAGGGUGUUUGUUAGCCACUGGAGUCACGUAGCUGUAAACCAGAAAUAAAGCUUUGGAAGUGAUCUUCACAUCUCCUCU